AUGACACUCCCUUUCUCUACUGAUAUUGUUCCACCGCAUCAGUAUAACGGCUCACCAUGUCAAUAUGGGGUGUGCACUGAAUGUGGAGAAGUACGAAGGAGUCCCUGCUGGUGUUUUACGUGUGAGACUACCAAUUUUAUAAAAAAUUUCGAUAAGUGGACAAGUGGAAAUUCGUUUCUUGAUGGCAUCAUUAGGAUUACUCAAUCUCACGCGACUGAGAGUAUGGCAUAUUUCGAAUGGAUACCAUUUGAAAAUUUUGUCCUUGUUGAACAAAUAGCGAGUGGUUCUUUCAGUGCUAUUUAUAUAGGUUAUUGGCUUGAAGGUCCAAGAUGGAUAUGGGAUGAAGAGAGUGAAAAUUGGCUUAGAAAUGGACCGACAAAAUGUGCUCUCAAAAAAAUAGGUAAUUCUAGCGAAAUAAGUAAUGCCUAUUUAAAUAAUAUUUCAAAUUAUUAUAAAUGCAUACAAAGUGGUUCAGUGGCCGAUUUCUUUGGAAUAACGUGUGACUCAGAGGGUUGCUAUAUGUUUGUUAUGAGAUUUUACGAAAAUGGAAACUUGUAUCAAUAUCUUGACGAUGCUAUGGGAUACCUUUGUUGGAGAGAUAUCGUUGAUAUGCUUUGGGGAAUUGCUAAUGGCCUUGAACGAAUUCAUGAUCAUGGACUUUAUCAUGGUAAUCUUCAUGGCGGUAAUUUAUUAGUGGAAAAUGAACCUGAAUCAAUUGAUACAAGAAUUGCCGAUGUUGGUUUACACGGAUCUUGGGUAACGGCAAUUUGUGAUGAUCCAGAUCCAUCUCAAAUUUCAGAACAGUUCGAUGCUGCUGAAGAAAAAAAGUUUUUAGAUUUAGAAAACAAACAAUUUACAAAGCCAGAGAUUCAUCCUCUAGCAAUAUAUAAUAGUCGGCCUAUUCAUUUUUCGGCCACAUAA